CUGCCGGCGGGGCCGCCCCGCGUACACGGCCGCGUCCCCGCGGGGCUGGGCGGGGGGAUCGGGCUUCGGCUUCCCCUCCCCGGGAGCGCCUGACGGGCGGGCAGGGCCGGGGCCGGUGGAGGGGAGGCGGCCGGGGCACCCCGGUCCGGCCGAUGCUGGCGCUGCCCCGCGCGGCACCGGGUUCCAGCGGGCUGGUGGCGGCGGUCGGGACUCAGGGGGGGCCCCCCGGCGUCCCUUCCCCUUCCCUCCCUCCGCGGCGGGCGGCCCUGGAGGAUUUUCUCCCGCCGCGGCCCCCUCGCUGCCCCCCAGACAUGGUAGGUCACCUCCAGCUGCAAGGGAUGGACGAGAGCCUGAAGGAGAAGAGCCGGGAAGGCUUGCUGGACAGCCCGGACUCGGGGCUGCCCCCCAGCCCCAGCCCCCCCUUCUACUCGCUGUCGCCCGGUGAGGGUCGGGCAGGGGGCAGCGGCGGUGCGGACCCCCCGGCCCCGGGGCACCGGCGAGAGGCCAAGGACGGCAAAGUGAUGCCUUACCUGCUCCUGAACCCGUCCAUGCCAGAGAUAAGGCCUCGAAUGCACCCUGUGUUUUUUGGAGAAAGCAUUGAGGUCAGCCCCGAGCCCGUGCAGGAAAUCAGGUGCAAUUCCGAGGUGAAGUACGACUCCGAGAAGCAUUACCGGGACGACAUUUUCUACGGCCCCAUCCCCACCGUCACCACCUACAGCGAGACGAUCAUCGCUGCUCCCAACUGCACCUGGCGGAACUACAAGUCCCAGCUGAUCUUCGAGCCCCGCCAGAAGCCACUGAGGUUUCAGAGCACAACCAUCAUUUUUCCCAAGCGUGCCAAGAACAUUUACCGGACCACCCUCAGCUACAGCUUGGGUUGUGCCAAGCGUUGGUUCGCUUCCAGCGUGCAGCUGGAACUCUGUGAGGAAACCAGCCCGUGCGUCAUCUACAGCGAGACCCUCUGAUCCGCCCCGGCAACCGCGCGACCUCCGGGAGGCCGCGGCCUUCGCCGGGCCUCUGGCUGGGCCUUCAUGGAUGGCGACUGAACAUCAAUGGCUGGAGAACAACCUCGUCGUGGUUUCCUGUGAACUCCCUGCCACGCCGGUCUCAUGCCGGCUCUGCCCCUGCCCCGGCCAGCUCGGAGGGCUCUGGAGAAUCAACGUCUACAACCAG